GUACCCGCACUUUUCGAAAUUGGGCCUUCCCCCCAACGGAUUUCAAUGAGGAUACAGCUGUGGCUGCAGAAGCAGCUGGGCUUCGGCAUCCCCUUCUUCUUCGGCCGGGCCCUGACAGGCGGCGUGCUCCACCGUGUCUUCGGCAUGAACAGGGGCGUGAUGCCCCUGCGAAUGCCCGUUCAGUCGGUUGUGGGCAGGCCCAUCCACGUGGAUGCUCCAGUUCCCAACCCAACUCAGGAGCAAAUCGACGAGCUUCACGCCCGUUAUGUGGAGGAACUGCGCAAGAUCUACGACGACUGGAAGGAGCCCUUCCUGGCAGAGCGGAGCAAAGCGCUGGAUCGACAGGGUGAUCGUGCCAAGGAAGUCCUACGCCGAGGGCAAUUUCACCUGGAGAAGGUUGAGAGCAUGGUGAUCGACUGA